ACUUUCCCCAAGCGCUUCUCUCUUCCUCUCCCCCCAUACCUAGGCUUGUCCUGUUCUCUUUUUUCCUCUCUGUCGGAGUCCUCCUCCUCGAGAGCCAUGCUGGGCACAUGUCCAGACCGCUUAUGCGUAUUCCUUAUACGCAGCCUCUACCGCCGCCGUUGAUAAUUCCUCCGUCCGCAUCCACCAAGCAAGGUGCAAUCGCCGCUCUAUCUCACUUCCUGACCACCUCCGCCGGGCAUGCUUCGUCGUCUCGGGGGAAUAAGACGGUCCUCCUGACCGGAGCCGGAAUCAGCGUGGCCUCGGGCCUCGCCGACUACCGAGGGCAAAAUGGCACGUACACCCAGAACAAGAACUACCGACCCAUCUACUUCCACGAGUUCGUGGCGAGUCACGAAGCCCGUAAACGUUACUGGGCUCGGUCGUUCUUGGGUUGGCGCGGCCUGCACCGUUCAUCCCCCAACGCCACCCACUUUGCCAUCCGCGACUUGGGCCGUUUGGGUCUCGUCGACAGCGUCAUCACGCAAAACGUCGACUCCUUCCACCGUCUCGCGCACCCGGCCCUCCACACGGUCGAACUUCAUGGCUAUCUGCGCAGUCUGGUCUGUCUGAGCUGCAAAAACCUGAUGGACAGAGAUGCGUUCCAAGCCCGUCUGGCCGAGUUGAACCCUGCGUGGGCGGCGUUCUUGCAAGAGUUGUUGAGGUCGGGUGCGCUGGAGACGGAAAACCCGGUCGAACGACGCAAAAGGGGCUUCAGAACCAACCCCGACGGCGACGCCGAUGUGCCCGGAGCCCCCUACACCAUGUUCAGGUACCCCGCUUGCCCGACUUGUCUGAAACGACCUCCGAUCUUGAGCGACGGGUCAAAGGGCCACGUGGACGUCGACAAGGACGGAGCGUGGAUUCCUUCGUCCACGACUACGAACGGAGUGGGUGUCUUGAAACCCAAUGUCAUCAUGUUCGGCGAAAGUAUCCCUGCGUCUGUCAAGACUGAGGCAGAGGCCGCCAUCGAUGCAGCGAGUAAGAUUCUAGUUGUUGGAAGUUCCCUCGCGACCUAUUCGGCUUGGAGACUCGUCAAGCAUGCUCAUGAACGUGGGAUGGGUAUAGGGAUCUUGAACAUGGGAGGUGUGAGGAAGGAGGAGUUGUUCUUUGGUGAGCACCGUCAUGAGACUGGCAAAAGUGAUGGUGCUCAUGACGGUCUGUCUGCUUCGAGAAGAGAGGUCGUGAGAGCUAGUCUUCCAGCUGAGGAGAUUUUACCAGCUGUUGUGGAUCUUGUCCAGGAGCAUCAGAACCAACAUCAGUACUAGCAACACUAGCCGAGGGUACUUUUAUGGGUGUAGGGUCAUCCCGUGCUCUAUUAACUCCUGUAUAGACUCUGUAUGCAUACACGUACACAUAUUGUAGCAUACAAGAAAGUAACUUGGUAGAAUUUCCAUAUCAACAA